UAUCUAUUCUUCCUUUUUAUUCUCCCUCUCUCCCAGAAUCCAACCAAAAUUUUGAAACAUUUCAUACUCACAUUCAUCAUAUUGCAUCCCAGAAUUAUUGAUCUCACUGAACAACAUGACAUCUGAAAAGUCAGGAGGGCGGGAAGAUGAUUCUGAAAAAUGGAUUCUUGAAAAUAUACACAUUGAUGGCAUGGAUGAUGUUGCCAUGGAAGAUGGCAAAAAAACAACUUCUUCGUCUACGUCUUUCAAUGAGAGAUCCAGCAGUUUGAGGAAGAGGAAUGUGGUUACGAGCUCCGGCCCUAAGAUGGGAAGGACAGAAUCGGGUGCAAAGAGGGGCCUGAUGAGCCUCCGGUUUCUUGACAGGGCCAAGACGGGGAAGGAGGAGGACGGGUGGAGGGCCAUUGAAAAGCGUUUUUGCGUGAAUUCCGUUGAUGACAGGCUGUUUAAGGACAAGUUUGGGGCCUGCAUUGGGAUGGGAGACAGCAAGGAAUUUGCAGGGGAGCUGUUCGAGGCGCUGGCAAGGCGUCGAAACAUUGCCACUGAGAAUGGGAUAGACUUGCUACAACUAAGGAAAUUUUGGGAAGACAUGACAAAUCAAGACUUGGAUGCAAGGCUUCAUAUAUUCUUUGACAUGUGUGACAAGAACGGAGAUGGGAAGCUAUCAGAGGAUGAGGUCAGAGAGGUUCUAGUUAUGAGUGCAUCCGCGAACAAACUGUCAAAAUUCAAGCAAGAAGCCGGAACAUAUGCUGCAUUGAUCAUGGAGGAGCUAGAUCCUGAUAAUCAUGGAUAUGUAGAGAUGUGGCAACUCGAAGCACUUCUUAGAGGGAUGGUUGGAUCAGAAGAAACCCAAAGAUCAGACAAGAAAGCAGACACACUGGCAAAAACCAUGAUCCCCAAAGAAUACAGUACUCCAGUCAGCCGGUUCCUGUCCAAGACCAAGGAGAGAUUCUUCGACAACUGGAAAAAAAUAUGGAUCAUCAUGCUAUGGCAGGGCACAAAUAUCUCCCUCUUCACUUGGAAGCUGAAUGCGUAUCAGCGGGUACCUGCUUUCCAAGUGCUUGGAUUCUGCCUCUGCUUCGCCAAGGCUGCAGCUGAGACAGUCAAGUUCAACAUGGCCCUCAUCCUCGUGCCCGUGUGCAGAAGAACUCUCACAAGGCUACGAGAGACAUUCCUAGGCCACGUAAUCCCCUUCGAUGAAAACAUCAACUUCCACAAGCUGGUCUCGGUGGAGGUUAUGUUGGGCACCAUGGUUCAUAUAAUAAUGCACAUGAGCUGCAAUUUUGUCAGGAUAUCCAGCUGCCCUAAAGAUCAGUUUGAUACUAUCCUUGGACCACUCUUCAAUUACAAGCAGCCGACUUAUAUGGAUUUGUUGUUAAGUAUUGAAGGGAUUACCGGCAUUAUAAUGAUACUUUUGAUGCUUUAUGCCUUCAUAUUGGCAACUCACUCGUUUAGGCGGAAUGUGGUUAAGUUUCCGGGGCCAUUCCAUGGUUUGGCAGGGUUCAAUGCCUUCUGGUAUGCUCACCAUCUGCUAGCUGUGGUUUAUAUCCUCUUGCUUGUCCAUGGCUGGUUCCUUUUCCUCACCCCAGAAUGGUAUAAGAAGACGACAUGGAUGUAUGUGUCAGUACCAAUGCUCGUCUACACCACUGAGAGAAUCCUCACACUCCAUGACAGAAACUACAAAGUUGACAUCAAUAAGGCUGUCAUAUAUACAGGAAAUGUGUUGGCCCUAUACAUGAGCAAGCCCCCUGGAUUCAGAUACAAGAGUGGGAUGUACCUAUUUGUCAAAUGUCCUGAUAUAUCUACCUUUGAAUGGCAUCCAUUCUCCAUCACUUCUGCACCAGACGACGACUAUCUGAGCGUCCAUGUACGGACAUUGGGAGACUGGACAACGGAGAUCAAGAAUCGCUUUGAAAAGGUAGCUUAUACUGCACAUACGACUGUGAGGUUUCUUUUGACUGUAAUUAUUCAUUCUACACAGGCGUGUGAGCCUCAAUCCCAGAAACAAAGCAGGGGAGAUCUGGUGAGAAUGGAAACUAAGGCAUACACAGAAAGUCCACUAGAAUUCCCAAGAAUCGUCGUUAGAGGUCCUUAUGGUGCACCUGCGCAGGAUUACAGGAAAUUCGACAUUCUUCUACUUGUUGGUUUAGGUAUAGGAGCUACUCCAUUCAUCAGCAUUAUCAAGGACAUAGUGAACAAUGAAUCACGCUCGGCACUACUAGAUGAAGUGCCUACAGACAAGCGUGGUCCAGAGAGGGCAUACUUUUAUUGGGUGACGAGGGAGCAAGGGUCGUUUGACUGGUUCAAAGGCGUCAUGGAUGACAUUGCAGAAUAUGACCAUAAUCAUAUCGUAGAAAUGCACAACUACCUGACAAGCAUGUAUGAGGAAGGUGAUGCUCGAUCAGCGCUGAUAGCGAUGGUGCAGUCGCUGCAACAUGCCAAGAAUGGAAAAGACGUCGUCUCAGAUAGCAGGAUACGGACUCAUUUUGCACGUCCCAACUGGAGAAAAGUCUUCACUAAUUUAUCCACUGUACAUCCUUCUAGUAGGAUAGGAGUGUUCUACUGUGGAAGUCCAAUGCUAACAAAGACACUCAAGGGGCUCUGCCAAGAAUUCACCAUGAAUUCAUCUACUCGGUUCAAUUUCCACAAGGAGAACUUCUAGAGCUUCAAGAUUUGGAUAGAAAAGCUUGCAUGUUUAUAUGAUCAGCCCCAGCAUUCAUCCUCUGCAUUCAACUCUUCAUCUAUACGUCGUUGAAUCUUUCGAUUUUCAUUGUGAAAAAAUAGUCUGAUUGAUGAAUGCCUUUCAUGUGUAUACCUUAUCAGAUAUGCAUUCUCAUUUUCGAAAUGAAC